AUGGCCGUGCCCACCCCGUCCGUCUGCUCCAGCGCCCGCACCGGCUCCUGCUGGCAGGUGGACGACUGCCCAGAGAGCUGCUGCGAGCCCCCCUGCCGCGCCCCCAGCUGCUGCGCCCCGGCCCCCUGCCUGACCCUCGUCUGUGCCCCAGUGAGCUGUGUGUCCAGCCCCUGCUGCCAACCAGCCUGCACCAGCUCCUGCACGGCCCCGUGCUGCCAGCAGUCUAGCUGCCAGCCCUCCUGCUGCACCUUCCCCUGCCAGCAGGCCUGCUGCGUGCCCAUCUGCUGCACACCUGUCUGCUGCACACCUGUGUGCUGCGAGCCCGUGUGCUAUGAGGCCGCCCCCUGCUCAGGCCCCUUGUGCUGCCAGCCCACCCCCUGCCCCUCGUCCUGCUGCAGACCCUCCUCCUCCGCGUCCCUCCUCUGCCGCCCCUUGUGCUCCCACCCCACCUGCUGUGUCCCCGCCUCGGGCACGUCCUGCUGCGCCUCCUCCUGCCACUCCUCCGUGUGCUGCCGGCCCUCCCGCCCCGCCCUGCGCUGCAGACCCGCCCCCUGCAGCACCCCUUCCUGCUUCCUAUCACGCGCCUCCUCCCAGCGGCUCCCGCUGCAGACGGGGUCACACCUGCACCCCUCCCGGCACGAGUCCUCGGUGGGCCUCCAGGUUCUGCACGUGGCAGCAAAGGACCUGGAAGCAAUGGCAGCCCUGUAG